AUGCAUCCAUCUACUGCAUUCGCGGUCUCACUCCUCUUCGCGCUGCCAUGCGCUCAUGCAUGGGGCGUCGUCGGCCAUGCAACUGUGGCUACGAUAGCCAACAACUACCUGACCUCCACGGCAAAGACGUACGUGGCAGGCAUAUUAGGGAACGAUGUCUCCAUGGCUUCGAUUGCCAGUUGGGCGGACGAUUACCGCUAUACUACGGCAGGAAAGUUCAGCGCGCCCUAUCACUUCAUCGACGCCGAAGACUCGCCUCCAACCUCCUGCGCCGUCAACUUCUCUCGCGACUGCACCACAAAGGGCUGCAGCAUCUCCGCCAUCGCAAACUACACCGCCCGCGUCCAAGACACCAGUCUCUCAGCCACAAACCGUAUGGAGGCCAUGGAAUUUCUGAUUCACUUCCUAGGCGACAUCACGCAGCCUCUACAUGACGAAGCGGAAGAAGUAGGCGGCAACGACAUCUCCGUCACCUGGGAUGGCGAAGACACAAAUCUCCACGCCUGCUGGGACACACAGAUGGUCGAGAAGAUUGCCGGUGGGGAGAACAGCACAGCGACUGUGGACUCGUUUGCGGCGACGUUGAUUGCGCAGAUUGAUAAUGGAACGUAUGCGAGUCAGAAGGAGGAUUGGGUUAGUUGUGUGGAUAUCACGACGGCUACUGACUGUGCUCUCGAAUGGGCGCAGGACGCGAACGGGCUGAACUGUCAGUACGUGCUUCAAAACGACGAGUCGGGCAUGGAGCUCGACGGGACGUAUUAUACUGGCGCCGUGCCGUACAUCGAGCUGCAGAUCAGCAAAGGUGGGUACAGGCUGGGGGCAUGGUUGAAUGCUUUGGCAGCAGCUGCUUGA